AUGAAAACUUCUCACUUCGACACAUUAUCUCAUAUAUUAAAGUUUACGCCAUAUCUUGAAUAUUUGAAUGUUACUGCCAUCAUUUUUAAGUUUGAUACGCUUUUAACGAUUCAUCUUCCUCGUCUUACACAAUUAUUCAUUGCCGAUGAAAAAGUGCCGCCACAAUACGGUCUUUGCAGGAUACCUACAUUUGAAUUUAGUCAAAUCACGUCAUUUAUUAAACAGUUUUCAUCAACGUUAACGCGUUUAUCUUUAAAUAUAUGUCAUUGUUUUGUAUUUGGGGAAAACAUAUCCAUUGGAUCGUUAACAUCUCAAAUGGUGAAGCUUACAAAAUUUCAUUAUUAUUUAAAAAUAUAUAAUUAUGAAUUAGAUUAUUACACAAAUCUAGCAGAUCCAACGUAUAUAUACUCUGUGCCCUUUCUAUUCAAACAAAUAGUUGCUAGUCAAUGUAACUCGAAUAUCGAUGAUUCAAACAGAAUCCAAGAGAUUAGAAUGAAUCGUUUUACUAACGAAAACAAAAUUGAUCUUGAUCAUUUGAAAUGUGUCACAAAAUUGACAAUAAUUGAAGAUAAUUUAUUUAAACUUGAGAUAGAUGCUAUCAACCUCGAACAAAUAGAAGAAGUUGAAAUCGAUGCGUGUCAUGAGAUCAGUCGAAUUAACGAAUGUUUGUGGAAGAUAUUUCCGCAAUUACGCGUAUUAAAAUUAAAUUGUGGUCAUCAAGCCGAAGACGAUUCGACAGCGAUUGCUCGAGUAUUAAUGAACAUGUUGAAUACUGAACAAUUGGUCUCAUUGACGUUUACAUACGUGGCGGAAAAUAGUUGUAUCAUUGAUGAUCCAUUACCGACAAUAGAACCAAUUGUUAAACAUAUUUUGACGCUUGAUAAUAAUCUACAAAUAAGCGAUAAAUAUCAGCUAUCGUGGGACAACACCGAUGAAUACGUUCAUUGGUGGAAAUGA